AUUAAAUGUGCUCUUAUAUGUAUGAGUUCGCGAUCACUGCGAUUAUAAUACUAUACAUUCCUUAUGUACGAAUUAAAAUAACCUUCCAUAUGUCACAUAAAAUACAAAAAUUCACGUCAGGAAACACCAACUGAACUAGCUCAAACUAGCCUAGUGUGAGUAACGCCCACCAGGUAACUAGCCUAGUGUGAGUAACGCCCACCAGGUAACUAGCCUAGUGUGAGUAACGCCCACCAGGUAACUAGCCUAGUGUGAGUAACGCCCACCAGGUAACUAGCCUAGUGUGAGUAACGCCCACCAGGUAACUAGCCUAGUGUGAGUAACGCCCACCAGGUAACUAGCCUAGGGUGAGUAACGCCCACCAGGUAACUAGCCUAGGGUGAGUAACGCCCACCAGGUAACUAGCUUAGUGUGAGUAACGCCCACCAGGUAACUAACCUAGUGUGAGUAACGCCCACCAGGUAACUAGCCUAGUGUGAGUAACGCCCACCAGGUAACUAGCCUAGUGUGAGUAACGCCCACCAGGUAACUAGCCUAGUGUGAGUAACGCCCACCAGGUAACUCGUCAAUCGUGAAAAGCUAAAAGAAGCACAUCUGUUAUUUCUGGUCCCGCCCUCCCCUCUCUCCCUGUCAACCGCUGGCGGUCAGCAAGUCGACCCCCUCCCAUGGUAAGUUAACCCUCCCCACUCCCCUCCCAGGCUUAUGCAAGCAUGUAGGCCCCCCCCCCUUACUUCUCCAGCUGCUGUUUGCUUGCUCAUCACCCCCCCUCCCCCGCCCCCCCCUCGCUCCGGCAAGGGCCAAGGAGCCUCCCUAUUGCCCACCUUAGUGCCUCCUGCAGACGUUUCACGCCCCACACGUCUCUUAUAUCGACACUUCUCGUGUUUCCUGACGAUGUUUUAGCCCCUGGGGGAGUUCCGGGGGAUGAACGUGGGAUGACGGUAAUCUGAGGGCAGACAGGAGGAGGAGGAGGGGGCAGGGUGAAGGGUGAGGGGGUGCUUGUGGAGGGUAGCAUGUAGUGGCAGACGCCCCGCGGCCUGAGUACCAUCCAAAGUGUCCCCUCCUCUCUCAAGAUCGUCUGUGAGACACCUGCCUCUCAAGCACUCACCUCUCAACUGUACCAGCACCUCACCAGUGUCCCGGGGUUGUCCCACUGCAGUCUCGCCCGAUACUGUCCUCAAGGACAGCGAUACAGCCAUGUUGACCAGCGGCCCCUGGGCGAGGCUCCUCUUGCUCUAUCUCACGCUGGGCUGUGGGUGCGUGCGGUCGCAGGCGCCUCCGUCCCCAACAUUGUCACCUUCGUCACCUGCACCGUCGUCGUCACCUCUAGCGCCAUUGUCGUUACUGCCACCGUAUUCGUCCUCAGUGUCCUCGUCGUCCUCAAUGUCACCAUCAUCGUCCUCAUUUUCACCAUCGCCAUCAUUAUUGUCCUCAUUAUCACCAUCGCCAUCAUUAUUGUCCUCAUUAUCGCCAUCACCAUCAUCGUCUUCAUUAUCACCAUCAUCGUCCUCAUUAUCACCAUCAUCGUCCUCAUUGCCAUCAUCGUCCUCAUUGCCAUCAUCGUCCUCAUUAUCACCAUCGCUAUCAUCGUCCUCAUUAGCACCGUCAUGGUCACUACCAUCAUGGUCAUUGCCAUCAUGGUCACCAGCAUCAUGGUCACCACCAUCAUGGUCACCACCACCGUCACCAUCACGGUCCCCAGGACCAUCACCAUCACGGUCACCACCACCAGCACCAUCACAGUCACCAGCACCAUCACGGUGUGGGUGCUGGGGCCAGAACAAGGUGUACCUGCAGUACAAGGCCCCGGCCACCGGCUGGUACACAGCCUCCCCCGCCAGCAGACACCUCUAUGAACGCGACCUCAACAUCUCCGGCAGGAAGGUGCAGUACGUCCUCGAGUACAAGAACAGACUCAAGCCCGCCUACUGGAUGCUCUUCGAGAACAGGCCCGACGGAGCGACAAAAGUAAUCAGCAACAGGAAGGAGAAGAUGCUCGUCUCCUGCCCGUCUCGAUGUUCCUGUCGGAAGGUGUCAGUUACGGGAACGUGUUGGGCAAUCAGUGGUAACUACACUAGAAAUGGUACCCCUGAAGAUUCUCUCGCUCUCAUAGAACGUGCGAUGCGUGCUGAACAGUCUGCACCUAAGAAUAAAACUAAGAGUUUAAGUGCCCUUGAACAGUCAAAUUGUUUAUUAGCUGAACUUGCUAAGUGCAUAGAGAGUGAAGAUGAGACUAAUGGCCAGUCAUCCAUCCCUCAAGAGGACAGCACCACCACCACAGCGGAGGAUGGCUGCCACCAGCACAUCCAGGUCCUCACUGACACCUCACAGCAUGGCUCUGGGAUGCCCCUUAGUGAUACAAGACAUCACGAAGCAUACAUUAAAGAAGGGACGAAGAUUUAUUUUUUGAAACAAGCUGACGAGGAAGACUUUUGGUGGAUUGUGGAUGAUACAGAUGUAUACGCAAUGAGUGAAGAUGCUGGGCCAUGCCCUGACCAGUUACCUACCGAUUGCAAAUGGAUUUCUGUGGAAGACAUGAAAAUCGAUCCUAAUAUUAGUGUCACUUGUGUUGCCUGGGACACCCCAGGAGGAGACUGAGUCGGUGAAUAAUAAUGAGCCAAUGUU